AUAUUACUUUAUAGUGUGUAUAUGUGUUGAAUAUAGAAAUGACGAUGGCUGCUGAAGUAAGGUGGUUCGUGAUUUUUCUCUUAUUUUUCGUAUUUUCUGAAAUUUUAGCCGAUCAAAUACAUCGUCGAUUUGAAUAUAAAUAUUCAUUUAAACCAACGUAUCUUGCACAAAAAGAUGGAAGUGUACCAUUCUGGGAAUAUGGUGGAAAUGCAAUCGCUAGUUCAGACAGCGUCAGAGUUGCGCCAUCAUUGAGAAGUCAAAAAGGUGCAAUAUGGACGAAAAAACCGACAAAUUUCGAAUGGUGGGAAGUGGAUCUUGUAUUUCGUGUAACUGGUCGUGGAAGAGUUGGAGCUGAUGGUUUGGCAUUUUGGUAUACAACUUCAAAAGGACAAUAUAAUGGCACAGUUUUUGGUAGUUCCGAUCAAUGGACAGGUCUUGGUAUUUUCUUUGAUUCCUUUGACAAUGAUAAUAAACAUAAUAAUCCAUAUAUUAUGGGUGUUAUAAAUGAUGGGACAAAAACUUUUGAUCACAGCAAUGAUGGAGUUGGUCAACUCACAGGUGGUUGUUUGCGUGAUUUUCGUAAUAAACCAUUCCCAACAAAAGCAAAGAUUGAAUAUUACAAAAAUACUUUAACGGUCCUAUUUCACAAUGGUAUGACGAAUAAUGAACAAGAUUAUGAAAUAUGUUUUCGGCAAGAAAAUAUUUUCCUACCACAAUUUGGAUAUUUUGGUGUUUCUGCAGCCACUGGUGGAUUGGCGGAUGAUCAUGAUGUAUUUCAUUUUUUAACAACGUCACUUCAUCCACCUGGACAAAUGCCACAAACAAUGCAUCAGGUUUCAAAUGAGGAUAGCGCAAAAAUAAAUCAAGAAUAUCAGGAGUAUCAGAAAAAAAUGGAUCAACAAAAAGAGGAAUAUAAAAAAGAGCAUCCUGAUGAGAUAAAAGCAGAUGAAGAGGAAUGGUACGAGGCAGAGACUACAAGAGAAUUACGUCAAAUUUUCGCUGUUCAAAGUGAAACAUCAGGUCAAAUACGCGAAAUUAGAAAAACUUUACAUGAAAUUGUUGGUAUACAGGAGAGAUCAAUGAGUUUGAUUUCGCAAAUACAAUACGGAGGUGUUCAAACUCCUGGUGGACAACCUGGACAACAUGUUCAACCUGCUCCUUUUAUAGACACAAUUCGAAGACAAGAAGUCGAUACUGUAUUAAAUAAUCAAAAUUUAAUUAUAAAUGCAGUUCGCGAAAUUAAAUCAAUUAUGAGCGAAAUUAAUUCAAAGGCUGAUGGUAUUAUGAAUCAUCAAGCGCGUGCUCCAACUGCUCAGGUCCAACCAAUGGGCUAUGACUAUCAUUCACUCAUUUCUGAGAUGCGCGAUGGACUAAAUGAAUUAAAACGUGACAAACAAAAUAUUAAAAUUGAUACAGGCAGUUGUCCUACACAAAAUUGCUUGACAACAACGAUGUUUUUAUUAUUUAUUUCAAUACAAAUGGCUCUUCUUUUAGCAUAUAGUUUAUACAAAGACAAUAAAGAAGCACAAGCGAAGAAGUUUUACUAGGGAUAAUUUAUUCAUUAGGAAAAUUCAAGUCAGGGAGAGAGUUUCAAAUGCAAGUACGAAAAAAAAAAAGUGAAUUUAUUUGUAUAAUAUAAUUAAAAAAUUAUUGUCAUCUUAUACUCUUGUACGAAUCAAAAACAAAAAAAAGAAAGAGAAAAAAAAAGAAAAGAAAGAAAAUUAGUGGCUCAUUAUUUUCCAGACUCAGAUCACAUUUCAUGAAGAAGUGAGUUCAUCUUCCACAAUAGUCAACUGGAAUAUUAAUGAACAACUCAUUCAUCAACUUAGAACAAAACGAAAAAUAAAAAGAGAUGUCUGUUUAUUUUAAAAAAAAAAAAAAAGUUGGCAAUAAUUUUGAUAAUUUGAAUUUCAUUAUGUGAAAAAUUCCAUUAUUGUAAAACAAAAAUAAGGUAAGAAAAAGUGAAAUAGAAUAUUGAGCACAAGAAAAUAACUUUUUAUAUUUGCUAUAUAUAUAUACACAAUCUAUCAAGAAAUCAGUGUGACUAUAAGAGUUUUUUGAAAAGUGCGCUAUAUUUUUUUACUCCUAUACUCGAAUUUUCAAUUCUCGAGUGAAUUUUUUUUUUAUUUUUCCUUCAUUAUAUGUAUAUUUAUCACUAAAAGAAAAAUAUAAAAAUGCAUAUUGUAAUUAUUCAUAUCGUGAAUAUUUGCAAAUCUUUGAAAAUUCGUUUGCUAUUAAAAAAAAAAUUUUUUUUCAAGGAUUUUGCAAAAAUGUAUAAAUUUACUAGGAAUUGUUAAAUUAAAUUUGUGUUUCUUCAUUGAUUCAUGCAUGUGAGAGAAAGAAAAGCGAGAGAAUGUUAUUAUAAAUUUUCUCGCGUGUGUCGCGUCUUCGUUGUAUUUUGUAAAGAAUUUAUUAUAUAUAUAUAUAUUAACGAUUUAUAAUAUAUAAAUCGUAAGAUGUAAACAAACCAAUAAUUUUACAAAUCAUCCCCCCUCCCCAUCAACCUCAUUGCAUUUAUAAGAGUUUAUAUAGAAAAUCUGUAAAAGUUAUUAUUAAAUAAGAAAUAAACUUAAUUGGAUCAAA